UUCUCGUCCUGUCUCCUGUCGCACAGCUUCCCCUUCAACCCCCUUCCAUCGGUCCCAGAUCCCCUCCCCUCACAACCCUAAAUCCGAGUUAGCCCUCACUUAUCAUCCGUUCGACAUGGAAAAGUCCCGUCAACUUCGUGGUCCGUCGCCCGCCGACGAUUCUUACCGCCACCACCAGCCGUCCGCCGAGAAGUUCGCGUGCUCUCGGAUUCCCUGGGUGAUGCUGGAUCGGUUCGCCCACCGCACCAAGGGGGAUGGGGAUGGCGUUGUUUCGGAUGCGGUAGCUGACGGCACGCUAUCAGAGAUCUCAGCCACCUGCACCGGUAAACCCAUCGCCAUCUCCCUUCGGGUCGCUGAACCCCCGGAGGUGUCCCGUCUCUACCUUCACUGGCCAGACGGGUUGAGGCCGGAGAUGAGCGACCUGAACAAGCCAUUCGUCAUCGCAGCGCACGGCGACUCGAUACUUUUCCAGACAUACGUGCCCCUCGACGGCUGCUACCAUCCCACCUGUUACCCCAUCGACUAUUUCGUCUACACAGCACCCUCCUGUUCCAAGAGUCGUUCGUCGCUCCGGCGACUCCCUACCUGCUUUGACGGCGGCUUGCUGGACCCUGUGAUGAAUCAGUACAACAAGCCGCACCUGUCCCGUGAUCAGCAGGCAAUGUGCAGUGCAGACAUCGGUCUCCUGUGCCACAGGGAUGGUGGGUUCACCGUGGCGAAUCUCGCGGUGGCAGAUCUCACAUGCCUCGGUAGGCUCAGGGUGCUGCACUAUACCCCUCUGGAGACGAACAUGAAGUGGGACGAUAAGGAGCUGCCAUUGCCUUGUGACGUCGGCACCCUGAACAUCGUGAGUGGUUCCUGGCAAACUGACACUGUCAUCCCCUUUGAUGAUCACUAUUUGUGCUGGGUUGAUCUCUAUCUGGGCUUGCUGUUUGUGGAUGUCAUUGCCAAACAUCCACCGCCCCCACGUUACGCCCGGUUACCUGUAGAACUGGAUCAGCAUCGUCUGUACAUCGACCAUGGGGCCCCUGACCCGGCCCGCCAUGUGUGUGUUACUGAUGCAGGCAUUAUGAAGCUCAUUAGCAUCAAUGAUGACACAGGCCGCAGUGUGCGUGACCAGUCUUGUUCUGCUUUCAAUAUCACAACUUGGACUUUCGACUUAGGGACAAUGCGAUGGCAUAAGGAGUUCACCAUCAAAUCCGCCAAGUUCUGGGCCGCUCUUGACACAGAUAAGCGUCUUCCAUGUCUCCUGCCAAAGUUUCCGACCAUUAGUUUGGUUGAUCCUAAUGUCAUUUGCUUCACGUUGGAGGAUAGCUACAACAAUUUUUGGCUGGUAGAGGUUAACACUAAGAAUAAGGUGCUAGGGGCUGUCGCGCUCUCUAUAUCAACGUAGAGGAAGAAGAAGUAGAAGAAGGACACGCUGCUAGGAUGUUCAGAAGGCAUAUCUUCUAUGGCAACUCCUUUGUCGCCAGCCAGUUCACUCGGUACAUGAAUAAUGAUGCCAUCAAAAGUCUUGAGAUGAGCAAGAAAUUACAGGAAACAAAACAGAAGCGAGCCAUGAAAAAGAUGGAUUGAAAACCGUAUCCAAAGCACAGGCUAACGGCUUCUAUAAUCAGCCUAUUGUUGCCUAGUUUUGUCUUGUGUGGGUGACGUUGUCCAACUUUACGUUAUUAGCCCACUCGUGCGUGAACUCUGAAGAAUAAGCUUACAUUCCAGACAUGUUGCUACCGGGUGAACUUUGAAGAGUAAGCAACUUUACGUUAUUAGCCCACUCGUGCGUGAACUCUGAAGAAUAAGCUUAUAUUCCAGACAUGUUGCUACCGGGUGAACUUUGAAGAGUAAGCUUUUACAUUCCAAACAUGUUGCUACUGGACGUGAUUAUUUGUGCUAGUUGCAAGUUGUUACUACAUCAGAACCUUGUGGUUGUGUCUUCAGUUUAGCCCAUCAACAUGUCCUAUCAGCUAUGCCCUACCAGUUUUCAAAUCCAUUUGUAACAACACCUAACGCUGUGUUUGGAUGUUUGCAUUAGGGCCUGGUAUUGGGUAUUGGCAUU